UUUAUACAGAUCUUAACCACACCACCGUCUAAAUGUCGCCGCAAGCCACUUAUCAUCUGACCGUUCCUUCAGCUGACCCUUGACUUUCCCAGCUCUCUGUGGCUAUUUAACGCUCUCGUUUCCUUCACACACUAGCUUACCCACCCGCUCAUAGCCCUGACACUUUCUUCUCUUCCGUGCCGCUCUUCUCACUCUUUAGGCUUUCUUUUGUUCUUUUUGGGGAGCUUAAUCAUAAAGAGCUCUCUACAAAGAACAAAAAAACAUUUGUUUCGUGGAAUUUUACGUAGUUUCGGAUGAAAAUACCCUCUCUGGGUUAGAGAUUUCUGACAUGUCAAACAUACCCACAUCGCUCUCGGAAGUCUGCCUCACCCUCUCCCGACUCACCAUGUCCGUCGCCGAUCCUUGGCCCUUUUCUUGAACCCCACCUCACCCUAACAGAGCCCCGCUCCUUUCGGCCAAAAACCCAUUUCGUUUCACUCAGAAAAACAGAGACAUGAGAAAGAUCAGAGGCUUCAAGCUCGGAAAACGGCUGGUCCGGGCCACCAGAUGGAUCCUCUGCAAUACGCGGACCCGAACCGGAUACCGCCGGGUAAACGCGCCGUCGAGCAGGCCCAAGACCAUCUCGAAACUCCUCACCUGGGGCCGGCGGUUGACAAACGGAGCGAGAACUCUGUGCUGUAGAAAUCCCGGGUCGGGUUAUGUACCCGUGGGUUGCGACCCGGUGGAUAGGGAGAAGAAGGUGCCUGUACCGAAGGGACACCUGGCCGUGUACGUGGGACAACAAGACGGUGACUUUCACAGAGUUUUGGUGCCCGUGAUUUACUUUAACCAUCCCCUGUUCGGUGAGCUUCUGAAGGAGGCUGAGGAGGAGUAUGGGCAUCAGCACCAGGGUGGGAUCACGAUCCCUUGCCGGAUCUCGGAUUUCGAGAGGGUCAAGACCCGGAUCGCAGCAGCCGGGUCAGGCGCUGGUGGUGCCCGGAUGCUGACGCGGAAGCGACACGAAUACUAUUGAGAGAGGGAGAAAGUGGGUGGUGGUGGACGAAGAAUUAUGAUGAUGAUGACGAUAAAAGAUUCGGCAACGAUUAUGAUAAUGAAAGUUUUAGGGUUUUUUUUCUUUUUCUUUUUUGAUUUGGUAGUGGGUCUGCCUUUUCUUUUGAUCUUCUAGACUUUUUGUAUCUUUUCUUCCAUUUUAAAAAUGUUUUCUGAUAUUGAUUCGUGGUGUAAUGGAGCAGUAGAUUUUAGUUGUAAAUACAUAAAAGGAUUUUUUUGUCUUA